GAGAAAGAUAUUUGAGAUAUUGAUAUUUGGACCCUGAUUGGUUAACUCAAGGACAUUGAUGUAAUAACCUUUUAAGGAGGUAGUUUAGUUUUAGCAAAUAUUUCUGGAACUAGAUGUUAUCACAUAUUAAAAAUGUCAGGAAGCACAUCACAGGCACAGUGUAUAAGAGACUCAUUAGAUAGUUUCUUUCGAGGCAUAUUAUCUGCCAGGUUAGAUGAUCAAAAAGUCCUGUCAAACUCAAUACCACUUAUAGGAAAACUAGUGUAUGGUGAUACAAAAAUCACUUAUAAUGAAGCUCUCUACUUAUUUUGUCGACUCGAACGCGAUUAUUCAUCUCUCAACAUAUUUUCUAAUAAAUCUCUAUUCUCACGAAAAGAGGUAUACAUUCUGUUAUAUUGUGAUGUAUAACAGGAUUGUUUAGCAUCAUAUAACUCAUUACGUGCUGGAUUUAAUACUGCGUGCAACAAUUCCACCUUGUCGAAUAAUGAGCUCAAUUUUUGUGUAUAUAUGCAGACGUUCACCGCUUCCAGAGUACAGCUAAUAUCAUUAUAUCGAAAGAUUACAGAAAACCCUUUAUUAAUCAUUACAAGUUGUUCUUCACUAAUCAGUUCGCUCAAAGAUAUAUUAAAUCAACUUUCAGUUACGGAAAAUGAACUAACCAAAGUGUUUGUUCAUGUGUCACAACCAAUCAAAUUAGAAGUAAUUGUACUAUGUGAAUUAUUUAAAGCCCAAAUUGCAAUAUCAGAUCUCAUGUUUCUAGAAUCUUUGCUUAGCUUAAAUCGAGCAAAGGAUCAUAUAGAUAAACUUCGCAAACUCUUCUACUCCAAAGGUAUUGCCUCAUCGAGUAAACAGUUACCACUUGUAGCAUGGCUUGAAUGCUUUUACACUCAUUUACUUAGCAAAUAUACCUUAUAUUGGUUUGAAAUCUUGGUUCGUUCUGCAUCCAAUGUUCAUGAGAUUGAAGAGACAGCGAAUUCAGAAAAUCUUAAUCUGGUUGCUAAUAUUACAAAAUUUCAACGAGAAUCUAAUGCACUGAAUAUCUCAUUGUUAUUCGAUACAACUUGUCAGUCAUUUCCAUUUCUUGGACAUGGUUAUGUUUUAAGAGGUUCUGUUGGUGAUGCACCAAAAGGAAUUGAAAGUAUACCACCAAUUUUCAAUGCUCCAUUGGGUAGUUCAUUGUCUCCAGUUGAUAUUUAUACAAUUGUUAUGCAAAUCAACAGUACUCUUCAUCUUAGUGGUGAUGAUGAUAAAAUGGAUAUUAGCGAAGUUUUAAAACAACCACGUUAUGUAUAUGAUGAGAAAUUGAAUCAUACAUAUUAUAUCAAAAAAUUAGAAUGUCGUGUAUUUUUAGCUUUGGUGUAUGAAGGAUUAAAAUCACAUAAAGAUAAAUUAAUCAAUGAAUUUAUAUCAAUGCUUACAGAUACAAUUUGUUUACAUAAAGUGGUCAACCUAUUGAAACAACACCGACAACAAUUCUCUUCAUCAUCACCAUCUACUGAUCGAAGAAGUUUACGGUCGUUGUUUUUCCACUGAAUCCGACUAUUAUUUCUUUUCUAAUCGAUUUCUUAGCAUUCAAGCUGGAUGAUUUCUCAUUGUACAGAUAAAUAAUUUCCCAGUGUGAUAUUUUUUGAAAAAAAAGGAGAAUAUGUUAAAAUAAUCAUAUAUCAGUCGUAGUCUCUUUUUUACUCAUUAUUACUUUGGAGUGGAGUGACUAAUCAACUCUUUUUUUAGAAACUAGCAACAGUGGAAAAUUGUGCUUUACAGUACUUCGCUUUUUUUUGUAAAGGAAUACAUAAAUCAAAUUUAAUUGGUGCUGUUGUAAUUAGUGUUUGAUUAAUAUAUUCACAGUAUUGGAACAUGUUUUUGAUUAAACAGUUAACAUUCUGAACGAGUAGUUGAAUAGUAUUAUGCUUACUGCGAGACGUGGAAUUGUUUGAUACUAUCUCGUAUAGCAGUCAUAAACUGGGACAUACCACGUUAGCACAGAGAUGCAGUUGUCAAUUCAAAUCCCAUAGUAGCAGAGAUUCGCAGUAAUGGAGAAGGUGAGGAUUCGAAGAUAUUAUUCAAGUGUAAUUCGGCGGAAUAAGUUCAAAAAGGGAAAGACAUAGGUGAUGCGGAAUUCAGAAUUUGAGAAAACAAAGAAUGGAUGCACCUGCGCCAUUCCAAACGAUUUUGAGCCAUGUCGUUCGAGGUCUCUAACCAUCUUCUCGCGGACCCCAACCAAGUAGUCUACACCUAACAUGGCUUACUCCACUUGUGACUUCAUGGAUUUAUGCCAUUUUUUGGUAUGGUCAUCUGUUAGUGGGACAUAGAUGCAUUUAAAGCAUGAUUACGUCACUACGCGCUGAUUGGCUAACUUCCUAUCCAAUCAGCGCCUGAUCGAAGCUUGGAGAACAGGAUAGAAAAUUCUCGUAUUAUUAGCUGCAUGCUGAUUGGUCAAAUCCAGUCCAGUCGAUCACGUGAAUUUCCUUCCAGAAGUUUUCUCAUGUAAAGGCUAUAAAUAGACUAGCAUUGUAUUUUUCUUCGCCUUCUAGCCUUCUUAGCCUUCUUCGCUUUCAAGCCUUUUUGCCUUGGCUUUCGCCAUCACCUCCAGCUUCUUUUCCUUGCUAUUUUGGAAUACAAUCCUUCCUGUUCAACCGUGUUCUGAUUUGUGUUACUUGUCCAGUGUCUGGUGUCAAGAAUACUAAGCAAUAAGAUUUAGCCGGGAAAUAUCGUAAGCAAACGCGUUACAACAGUGGCGACGGAGAAAAAGGAAAAAAAUUUCAAGAUGCCUAUUUCAGAUGAUCAGCUUAACCGUAUACUACAACAACAGCAAGCACAAUUAGAUGCACAAAUGCGGUUGUUGGAGAUCCUAACUCAACAGCUCAACAUCCAGUGUUCGAGUCCACAUACUGUUUCAAAUACGUCUUGUGAAGCAGUGGCAAACAG